AUGUUUCGGAAUAGUCUCAAGAUGCUUCUUACUGGAGGGAAAUCGAGUCGUAAAAACAGAUCAAGUGAUGGAGGGAGCGAGGAACCACCGGAUCGAAGACAGUCAAGUGUAGACUCUCGCCAAAGCCGCUCUGGGCAAGGUGGCAUCUCCACAGAAAGCGACUGUGUUUUUGAGCCCGACUACGCCGUUCCACCACUUCCAGUGAGUGAAGGUGAUGCUGAACAGGAACUUGGUCCCCCUCCAUCUGUAGAUGAAGCAGCAAACACACUCAUGACUCGUCUGGGUUUCCUCCUUGGAGAGAAAGUGACGGAAGUUCAGCCAGGUGACCAAUACAACAUGGAAGUACAGGAUGAAAAUCAGACCUCAGCAAUCACGCAACGGAUAAGUCCCUGUUCCACCUUGACUAGUAGCACUGCCUCCCCACCAGCCAGCAGCCCCUGCUCCACCCUGCCGCCAGUCAGUUCAAAUGCAACUGCCAAGGAUUGCAGCUAUGGGGCUGUAACUAGUCCAACCUCUACCCUUGAAAGCAGAGAUAGCGGCAUUAUUGCUACGUUAACAAGCUAUUCUGAAAAUGUAGAACGCACAAAAUAUGUUGGGGAAAGCAGUAAAGAAUUAGGAUCUGGAGGAAACCUAAAACCUUGGCAGUCUCAAAAAUCCAGCAUGGAUUCCUGUUUGUAUCGAGUAGAUGAAAACAUGACAGCUUCUACCUAUAGUCUGAAUAAGAUCCCGGAAAGGAAUUUGGAAACAGUUUUAUCGCAAUCAGUACAGUCUAUUCCUCUAUAUCUUAUGCCACGGCCAAAUUCAGUAGCAGCCACCAGCUCUGCCCACUUGGAGGACCUUGCUUACCUGGAUGAGCAGAGACAUACACCUUUGAGAACUUCUCUUCGAAUGCCAAGACAAAGCAUGGCCGGUGCUCGCACACAACAGGAUUUAAGAGUUCAUUUUGCACCUUAUAGGCCUCCAGAUAUCUCCCUGAAGCCUCUGCUCUUUGAAGUGCCCAGCAUCACUACAGAGUCAGUGUUUGUUGGCCGGGAUUGGGUUUUCCAUGAAAUAGAUGCUCAACUUCAGAGUUCAAAUGCCAGCGUGAACCAAGGAGUAGUGAUUGUGGGAAACAUUGGGUUCGGCAAAACUGCCAUCAUUUCCAGACUGGUGGCCCUCAGCUGCCAUGGAACACGGAUGAGACAGAUCGCCUCAGACAGCCCACACGCCUCCCCCAAACAUGUGGAUGCCAACAGAGAGCUGCCACUCACACAGCCACCUUCAGCCCACUCAUCCAUCCCCAGUGGAAGCUGCCCAGGAACCCCAGAAAUGCGCAGGCGGCAGGAGGAGGCUAUGCGGAGACUAGCCUCGCAGGUGGUUGCCUAUCACUAUUGCCAAGCAGAUAAUGCCUACACCUGCCUGGUCCCAGAAUUUGUCCACAAUGUUGCUGCCCUGCUCUGCCGCUCACCUCAGCUGACGGCCUAUCGGGAGCAGCUUCUUCGGGAGCCUCACUUACAGAGCAUGCUGAGCCUUCGGUCCUGUGUUCAAGACCCCAUGGCCUCCUUCCGGAGGGGAGUCCUGGAGCCCCUGGAGAAUCUCCACAAAGAGAGAAAAAUCCCAGAUGAAGAUUUCAUCAUCCUAAUUGAUGGAUUAAAUGAAGCAGAAUUUCACAAACCGGAUUAUGGGGACACAAUUGUUUCAUUUCUGAGUAAAAUGAUUGGAAAAUUUCCUUCUUGGCUCAAACUAAUUGUAACAGUUAGGACCAGUUUACAGGAAAUUACCAAGCUGCUGCCUUUCCAUAGGAUUUUUUUGGAUCGACUAGAAGAGAAUGAAGCCAUAGACCAGGAUCUGCAGGCUUACAUCCUGCACCGGAUACACAGCAGCUCAGAGAUCCAGAAUAACAUUUCACUUAAUGGCAAAAUGGACAAUACUACAUUUGGCAAACUCAGUUCUCACCUCAAGACCCUCAGUCAAGGGUCCUAUCUAUACCUGAAACUCACAUUUGACCUCAUAGAGAAAGGCUAUCUAGUGUUAAAGAGCUCUAGCUACAAAGUAGUUCCUGUUUCGCUCUCUGAGGUUUAUUUACUCCAGUGCAAUAUGAAGUUCCCAACCCAGUCUUCCUUUGACCGGGUGAUGCCUCUCCUGAAUGUGGCAGUGGCCUCUCUGCACCCACUCACUGAUGAACAUAUCUUCCAGGCCAUCAAUGCUGGUAGCAUUGAAGGCACCCUAGAAUGGGAGGAUUUUCAGCAGAGAAUGGAGAACCUCUCCAUGUUCCUAAUCAAGCGCAGAGACAUGACUCGUAUGUUUGUACAUCCUUCUUUUCGAGAAUGGCUUAUCUGGAGAGAAGAAGGAGAGAAAACCAAAUUUCUCUGUGAUCCCAGGAGUGGUCACACAUUACUUGCUUUCUGGUUUUCCCGCCAGGAGGGAAAACUAAACCGACAGCAGACUAUUGAACUGGGACAUCACAUCCUCAAAGCACACAUUUUUAAGGGUUUGAGUAAAAAAGUUGGUGUGUCAUCUUCCAUCCUCCAAGGUCUCUGGAUCUCCUAUAGCACAGAAGGUCUUUCCAUGGCAUUGGCAUCUUUACGAAAUCUCUACACUCCAAAUAUAAAGGUCAGCCGACUGCUGAUUUUGGGAGGUGCCAACAUUAAUUACCGGACAGAGGUUUUAAAUAAUGCUCCAAUUCUGUGUGUCCAGUCUCAUCUUGGUUACACAGAAAUGGUGGCCCUACUGUUGGAGUUUGGGGCCAAUGUGGAUGCCUCUUCUGAAAGCGGCCUGACCCCUCUGGGCUAUGCAGCGGCGGCUGGCUUCCUGAGCAUUGUUGUACUUCUGUGCAAGAAGCGUGCCCAGGUGGAUCAUUUGGACAAGAAUGGGCAGUGUGCUUUGGUCCAUGCUGCACUCCGAGGUCACCUGGAGGUUGUCAAGUUUUUGAUUCAGUGUGACUGGACGAUGGCCGGCCAGCAGCAAGGAGUAUUUAAGAAGAGCCAUGCCAUCCAGCAGGCCCUCAUUGCUGCAGCCAGCAUGGGGUACACGGAGAUUGUCUCCUACCUACUUGAUCUUCCAGAAAAAGAUGAAGAAGAAGUAGAGCGAGCACAGAUCAACAGUUUUGACAGUCUCUGGGGAGAGACAGCACUGACAGCUGCGGCCGGAAGGGGCAAGCUGGAGGUGUGCCGUCUGCUCUUGGAACAGGGGGCAGCAGUGGCCCAGCCAAACCGCCGAGGGGCAGUGCCCCUGUUCAGCACUGUUCGCCAGGGCCACUGGCAGAUUGUUGAUCUUUUACUCACCCAUGGAGCUGAUGUCAACAUGGCAGACAAGCAAGGUCGUACUCCCCUGAUGAUGGCUGCCUCCGAAGGCCAUCUGGGAACUGUGGACUUUCUACUUGCACAAGGUGCCUCCAUUGCUCUCAUGGAUAAAGAAGGACUGACAGCCCUCAGCUGGGCUUGUUUGAAGGGUCAUCUCUCAGUAGUGCGCUCUCUGGUGGAUAAUGGGGCUGCUACGGACCACGCUGACAAGAACGGCCGCACCCCACUGGAUCUGGCAGCUUUCUACGGUGAUGCCGAGGUGGUCCAGUUUCUGGUGGAUCACGGGGCCAUGAUCGAGCACGUCGACUACAGCGGAAUGCGCCCUCUGGAUAGAGCAGUGGGGUGCCGGAACACUUCUGUUGUUGUCACUCUUCUGAAGAAAGGAGCCAAGAUAGGUCCAGCCACAUGGGCGAUGGCCACCUCCAAACCAGACAUCAUGAUCAUCCUGUUGAGCAAGCUGAUGGAAGAGGGGGACAUGUUUUAUAAGAAAGGUAAAGUGAAGGAGGCUGCCCAGCGUUACCAGUACGCCCUGAAGAAAUUCCCUCGAGAAGGGUUUGGUGAGGACUUGAAAACCUUCCGGGAACUAAAGGUGUCUCUCCUCCUCAACCUCUCUCGAUGUCGCAGGAAAAUGAACGAUUUUGGAAUGGCGGAGGAAUUUGCUACUAAGGCCCUGGAGCUGAAACCGAAAUCUUAUGAAGCUUACUAUGCAAGAGCAAGGGCAAAACGCAGCAGCAGACAGUUUGCAGCAGCCUUAGAGGAUCUGAACGAGGCCAUCAAGCUCUGCCCAAACAACCGUGAGAUCCAGAGACUCCUGCUGCGAGUGGAGGAGGAGUGCCGCCAGGUGCAGCCGCCGCCUCAGCAGCCGCCUCAGCCUCCGCUCCCGGAAGAAACGGAACCCGAACCACAGCACGAAGAUAUAUACUCUGUACAGGAUAUAUUCGAGGAGGAGUACCUGGAACAGGAUGUUGAAAACGUCUCCAUCGGCCUCCAGACCGAGGCUCGGCCCAGUCAGGGGCUCCCGAUAAUCCAGAGCCCGCCCGCCUCUCCAGCCCAUCGGGACUCCGCCUACAUCUCUAGCUCACCACUUGGCUCACAUCAGGUUUUUGACUUCCGUUCCAGUAGUUCCGUAGGUUCUCCCACCAGACAGGGCUAUCAGUCCACCUCACCCGCUCUUUCUCCAACUCACCAGAACUCUCAUUACAGGCCUAGUCCGCCACACACUUCCCCAGCCCACCAGAGCGGGUCUUACCGCUUUAGCCCCCCGCCCGUGGGAGGACAGGGCAAGGAAUACCCAAGCCCUCCCCCUUCCCCUCUCCGAAGAGGCCCUCAGUAUCGGGCCAGCCCUCCAGCCGAAAGCAUGAGUGUCUAUAGAUCCCAGUCUGGCUCACCCGUGCGCUAUCAGCAAGAAACCAAUGUGAGUCAGCUUCCUGGCAGACCAAAAUCUCCAUUAUCCAAAAUGGCCCAGCGGCCCUACCAGAUGCCUCAGCUUCCUGUGGCAGUUCCCCAGCAGGGGCUCAGGCUACAGCCUGCCAAGGCCCAGAUUGUGAGAAGCAACCAGCCCAGCUCAGCAGUUCAUUCAAGCACCGUCAUCUCUACAGGGGCCUAUGGCCAAGUAUCCCACUCGAUGGCUAGUAAAUACCAGUCUUCACAAGGAGACAUGGGAGUAAGUCAGAGCCGGUUGGUUUAUCAAGGGUCAAUUGGGGGGAUCGUAGGGGAUGGGAGACCUGUGCAGCAUGUCCAGGCUAGCCUGAGUGCGGGUGCCAUCUGUCAGCAUGGAGGGUUGACCAAAGAAGACCUUCCACAGCGACCUUCCUCAGCAUAUCGAGGUGGUAUGAGAUACAGCCAGACACCACAGAUUGGACGUAGCCAGUCUGCAUCCUAUUACCCAGUCUGUCACUCAAAACUAGAUCUGGAGCGUUCCUCCAGCCAGCUAGGUUCCCCUGAUGUGUCACAUUUAAUCAGAAGACCUAUUAGUGUCAACCCGAACGAAAUCAAACCCCAUCCACCAACUCCCAGGCCACUGCUACACUCCCAGAGCGUAGGCCUCCGCUUCUCUCCAUCUAGCAAUAGUAUCUCAUCAGCCUCCAACCUCACUCCUACCUUCCGGCCAUCUUCCUCGAUUCAGCAAAUGGAGAUCCCACUAAAACCGGCGUAUGAUAGGUCAUGUGACGAGCUGUCACCAGUGUCUCCCACUCAGGGAGGUUACCCCAGCGAGCCCACCCGAUCCAGGACCACACCAUUCAUGGGGAUCAUAGAUAAAACAGCCCGGACUCAACAGUACCCCCACCUUCACCAGCAGAAUCGGACCUGGGCCGUGUCAUCCGUGGAUACCGUUCUCAGUCCCACGUCUCCAGGCAACCUGCCUCAGCCUGAGUCCUUCAGUCCACCAUCAUCCAUCAGCAACAUUGCCUUUUAUAACAAAACCAACAAUGCACAGAAUGGCCAUUUGCUGGAGGACGAUUAUUACAGCCCCCAUGGGAUGCUGGCUAACGGGUCCCGUGGAGACCUCUUGGAGAGAGUCGGCCAGGCCUCCUCAUACCCCGAUGUGAAGGUGGCUCGGACCCUCCCUGUGGCUCAGGCAUACCAGGACAACCUGUAUAGGCAGUUGUCCCGGGACUCUCGACAAGGGCAGACAUCCCCUAUCAAACCAAAGAGACCAUUUGUGGAGUCUAAUGUUUAA